AUGCAGACUUCCCUUGCCGCGGCUCUCUUUGCCACGGUUGGCCUCGCCAUACCUCUGGGGCCCUUCACCUGUCCCAGCGGCCUCACCUACAACAACCCGCAGUGCUGCGCCGUCGACGUCCUAGGUAUCCUUACCCUGGACUGCGAGAGCCCUGAUUACUAUGGUUGCGAUUUCGGUAUGGUGCCUGCUUGCUGCACCUUCACCCUUCUGGGCCAGGCACUUUUCUGCAAGGGAACUGUAAAUACUGGAAGAAUUCGUGACUAG